ACACACAAACAACAUCAAACUCUGUGGAUUUAUACUGAGGAGAUAUCUCCAGGAAAUUUAAGGUAAACAGACACCUUAUCUGCACAUCAACACAUCAAAAUGGCUCCACGCAGUUUGUUGCAUCCACUGUCCUCAGUCUGCUUUAAAGAUAAAAUCCAAUUCUCUGCAAGUCAGCAUCUCUCUUAUGCAAGAAGUAAUUGCUUCAGGCUCCCAGAGAUUGAGAGCCACAGCGACGUGUGGAGCAUCAAGCCACCUGAUUUCUCUCUUAGACUGUACCGAUCUCUGUCUGUUCCUCAAAAGAAAGAAAGAAAGACACAUUCAAAUCUAUCUUUACCUGAACUUAGUGAAAGAAAGAGGAGAGCUGGAAUAUUUCUACCAAAUGUUUUACAUGAGAGUUUUCAGAAGAAAGACCCUCCAAAGUUCAUCACAUUGCACAGGCCUCCUGAUGCUCUGGAGUCUGAGCUGAUGUUUGUCAAGACUGGGAAGUUCCCUUCUGGGCCCUACAAGAACCCCAGACCACAUAACUUCAGACCGCUCGAUGAGGACCUUCCAGACAUAGUUACCACAUAUGAGAGAGAUCCUGGAAACCUGAAUUUAAAAUUAAAGCACUUGGACGUUAUUCGGACCACUAGAUCUGAGCCAGACUUUAGUUCGAGGGACACCAAGACAAAGAUGGACACCUAUAAACCUGCAGAGCCCAUGUGGGAUGUGAGGCUCAUACUCCCUCAGUCGCCCUGGCCUCCAAAAUCCGCUUCCUUUACCAGACACCGACGAAGAAGAGGAGCCUACAGCGCAUUCUUGGACCGCGUGGAGGAGAAACUGUCAAGAUCGUGGAAAAAAAGAUCAUGAUUUCCUUUUUUAAAAAAUUAUUUUUACAUGUGCAUGGCCUUCUUUAAACUGUACAUAAGCAUGACAUGUUAUUAACAGACUAACUAACAGACAAUGGGGAUGUAAAAAAAAUAAACUUGACAAGUUUUGGUAGUUGUGAUUAGAGAACACAGAAAAAAAUGAAGCUUUUGGAACAAUGUAAGACAAAUAUACAACUUUUUUCAAAUUAAUAAUGCAUGUUUUUUACUACAAUUCAGAUACACCUAAUAUUA